AUGGCAUCCCUUCGGCUCCAAAACAAGGUAGCGAUUGUGACUGGGUCCUCUUCUGGACUUGGUCGGGCGAUCGCACUCAGAUACAGCACCGAAGGCGCCAAGGUAGUCUGUGCUGACCUGAAUCCGACAUCUCGGUCAAAAGAAGAAAGCGAAAUUGCCACGCAAGAUCUGAUUGUGAAAGCUGGCGGAGAGGCGAUCUUUGUAAAGACGGAUGUUGGUGUUGCAACCCAGAUGGAGGAGUUGGUGAAAACGGCUGUGAAGACAUAUGGCCGACUGGAUAUUCUGGUGAACAAUGCCGGGAUCAGUAUCGAGGCUCGAUUGCCCGCGGCCCUUCAUCUCACUGACGAGAAAACGUGGGAUACGACCAUGACUGUGAACGCCAAGUCUGUGUUUUUGGGGUGCAAGUAUGCAUUGACGCAGAUGUUGGAGCAAGAGCCUCAUGAAUCCGGCGACCGGGGAUGGAUCAUCAAUAUUUCCUCCAUCAUGGGGAUGAUUGCGGGGCCUGAAAACCCAUCUUAUUGUGCAUCCAAGGGUGCCGUGAGUCAAUUGACACGGCAAAUUGCGCUGGAUUAUGCCCCGCAUAGAAUUCAUGCGAAUGCCAUCUGUCCUGGAUAUACGCAAACUGCUAUUUUCAUAGAAACAACCACAAAUCAUACUGCUUGGGAUGAUCUGAAUCGUCGACACCCCUUAAAAGGACCUGGCAUGCCGGAUGAUAUUGCCAAGAUGGCUGUUGUGCUGGCUAGUGAGGAUGCUAGCUGGGUGACGGGUGUUUGUCUGCCUGUUGACGGUGGAUACACAGCUCGAUAG